ACCAGUUUUGUUGUUUUCCCUCGAGCAGUCACGAGAGUGUUGCUAAAUUAAGAUGUGAAGGCUGCAAGCCCACGCGACUCUCUGAUACAACCGCUGCACAAUUUAGGUGUAAAAAAUGGUUUUCGAAUCUCUUGUGGCGGACUUGAUUAACAAAUAUCUGGGCGACUUCGUGGAAAACCUUGACAGGUCGCAACUGAAAAUCGGGAUAUGGGGAGGCGAUGUUGUGCUCCAGAACUUGGAUCUAAAGGAAAGUGCACUGGAUGAUUUGGAUCUUCCAGUGAAGAUAAAGGCGGGCCAUAUCGGAAAAUUGACAUUGAAGAUUCCUUGGAAGAAUCUUUACACUGAAUCAGUGGUUGCCUCUAUAGAUGGACUCUAUGCCUUGGCUGUGCCAAAUGUUGCCAUCAAGUAUAAUGCUGAGAAGGAGGAGAAGGCCAAGCAAGAAUCCAAACAGAGGAAACUGCUGCAGAUUGAAGAAGCCAAGAAAGCUGCCACAGAUAAAGGAAAAGAGAAGGAGCCAAAGAAGGACUCCUUUGCUGAGAAAAUGGCUGCCCAGAUCAUCAAAAACCUACAGAUACAGAUCAGGAACAUCCAUGUCCGCUACGAGGACGCCUACACCGAUCCCAAGCACCCCUUCUCCAUCGGAGUCAGUCUAGCUGAACUCUUGUUUCAGACGACAGAUGAAAACUGGAAACCAUGCGUGGUAAAGGAAGCCGUGAACCAGAUUUUUAAGCUGGUAAAGUUGGAUUCUCUUGCUGUUUACUGGAACAGCAGUUCUGAACAGUACGCCUCCCUCAGCAACGAACGGCUGCUGGAGAGACUUGGGAAAGAAAUUGCAGGACAAGACAAAACGUCGGCCUACCAGUUCUUGAUAAAGCCGAUUUCCUCCGUGGCUCACCUCAAGCUGAACAUGAAGCCAGAACUGAACAACUUUACUCUCCCGAAGGCCUUCCUGACGGUCGUGUUUGAUGAGAUAGGCAUUGGACUGUCCAAACUUCAGUACAAUGAUGUCCUAAAUAUGUUGGAGUCUUUUGAGAGAAUGUACCUGAUGAGUGUGUAUAGAAAAUACCGGCCUGACGUCCCACUACAUAAACACGCCAAGACUUGGUGGCAUUUUGCAAGGGACAGCGUAUUAGAGGAAAAAGUUCGUCGAAGGCGUCAAAUGUUUUCCUGGGGUCAUAUAAUUCACCAUCGAACAGUUAUGAAGAAAUACAGGGACGCUUACACCAAGAAGCUUUCAAAUCCCAAGAAAGUGCCCCAAGACGUGCAGAAAGGCAUUGAGGAGUAUGAGAAAGUUUUGGACGUGUUUUCAAUUACUCUGAUGAGAUCUCAGGCAGAAGUUGAGGCUGCAAAGCUUGGGGCCAAGAAAGCCGAGGAGAAGUCGGGGGGAUGGUUUGGAGGAUUUUUCGGGGGCAGCAAGAAGAAAAAGGCGGGAAAAGAGGAGCAAGAUAUCAAGGAACAAUUUGAAAAAGAAUUCAGUGAAAAAGAGAAAGCCAAGCUGUAUGAAGCCAUUGGAUAUCAGGAGAAUGAGGUGGACCCCGCUCUCCCAAGAGAAUUUGUAGCAGUGAGGCUUGUUACCAAAUUAAGCACGCUGUCUUUGACCUUGACUGAUGAAACCAAAAAAGAGCCUCAAAUUCUGAAGCUGCAGCUGAAAGAUGUGUAUGCUAGUGUUGGACAGAGACCUGCAGAGAGUGCAAUACAAGUUGAAGGGAAGAUUGACCGCCUACAAGUGGUCGGUUCACCCCAAGAUGGUUCCACUCCUAAGAUGGUCAUGUCUCAGAAUCAGGAGAAGGACAAGGUGUACGCCCUCCUGAACUUUAACCUUGAGACAAACCCUCUGGACAAGAAAUGUGACACCAGGGUCAUUGUGGAGUCGAGGCCACUACAGAUAGUGUACGAUGCGAUUUCUAUCAACAAUAUGGCUGACUUCUUCAAACCUCCAAAGGAAGUUUAUUUGAAACAGUUAUCGAGGGCUGCCAUGGCUAAGUUUGAAGACAUCAAGGAACAGUCUGCCACUGGACUGAAGCACGCCAUAGAGCAGCAUAAAUACACCGACAUACGUGUCGACCUGAAACCGUCGUAUGUCAUCAUUCCACAUGGCGGAGUCUACAAAAAAGGGGCUGUGAAUAUGCUUAUUCUUGACCUAGGUAACCUCAAGGUCAACAGUGAAAAGAACAAAGUGGGCGGAGAUGACAAGUCCAAACUAUGGAGCAAUUCAAGGAAAAUUCUGUAUCCAAAGAUGGCUAUGGCUGUUGAGGAAGUGAUGUCCAGAGCUUAUGACAAUUUCAAGAUCAAGUUAGACAGAGUUCAACUCCUUUAUGCAAAACCAGGAGAGGACUGGAAUUCUGCCAGACUGGCAGGGACUUCCCCUCAGCAUGUCCUUCUACCCAUCUCUAUCAACCUCCUUCUACAGAAGAGCAUGUUUGACAAUGACCGACGAUUGGCCAAGAUGAAGAUGUCUGGGGAUCUCCCGUUACUGAGCCUGAGCCUGUCUGACCUGCGUCUACAGGAAAUCCUCCAGCUGGCCCAGAGUAUCCCCCUCCCGGAGGCCGGGGACGAGGAUCAAGAACUGGAAGAUAUGGAUGUUUUCUCUGAUGCCCUUGAUAUUCCCCUGGAUGUCAAUGAGAAUCGGAUCAUGAAGAAAGUGGUCAACGUUUCGGCUGAAAUGGCUGAGCAGGAAGGUGAAUCUGGUCCACCCCGCCCACAAGAUGUAGUGAACAGAACUAUUUUAGAGAUGAAGUUUGAAAUAAAAGAGGUGUCUGUCUGCUUGCAAGAACACACAGAGGAUGGGGAUAUUCCGAUGAUUAAACUGGUUCUCACAACAAUGGGAACCAAUGUAACCACCAGGAAAUUUGAUAUGGAGGCAGAGGCCUACUUAGGGGGAAUCUACUUGCAGAAUCUCAAGUUCAAAGCCACAGAAAGUUUGAAUCAACAACUUGAUUCUUUGACAUCAUCAGUGCUUGAGGGCGGACCUCUGAUUAACUUGAUUAACACGCCUACUAAUGAGGAGACACGUCUACUGACCUUCACCUUCCACAAGGCUGAUCCAGAGGGACCUGAGUUUGAAUCGACGUUUGAGAACACGGAGCAGAAGAUCGGUGUAACAUUUACCUCCCUUGAAGUACUGCUUCACCAGGAGGCACUGCUUAGUGUGAUGAAGUUUGCAGCUCAACUGCAGAAGAGUUUGCAGGUUGAAGAAUCUCCGACCAAGGAAGCAAAGACCAACGCAGAUGCCCAGAAAAAGAAAGAGGAACAAUCAAAGACCGCAAAAGAUAAACAGGCUGGGUCAAAGGGGUCACAGAAAAAAGGGAAAGUUAAGGAUACAGAGAGGAUAAACCUCCGUGUGACGGCUGAGCUGGAGGGAUUUGGAGUCGCAGUGUGUACAAAUAACACCGUCAUAACAAAUGCCAGGAUCAAUGGUAUAUCAGCAGGUGUAGUGAUACAGGACAGCAAGACUGUUGUAACGUCAGAACUAAGGGAGGUCACUGUGUAUGACUCCAAUACAAAAACAAAGUAUCCGAAGAUUGUAGAAAUUAAGGGUGAUGCUGUGUUGAAGCUGAACCUGACGAUUUACAAUAAUGCGACAGAGGGUGAUAAAUACUCCGACAUGUCAUGUGUCGACACGAGCGUGGAUGUCCAGCUUGGAUGUAUUAGAGGAGUGUUUCUGAUGAGAUUUGUCAGCGAUUUACUGGAAUACCUGAAUGGCUUCCAAGUAGAAGAGCUAGAAAGUCAGAUUGAGGCCGCCAAGGGGAAAGUACGCGAGGCGUCCGAGGCCGUGACAGAGAGUGCAAAGGUCGCCAUGGCCCAGUUAGCAGAGAAAUCACCACGUGUCUCAAUCAAGGUCUCCAUGAGCGCCCCAGUUAUCCUAGUUCCUCAGCGUUCCGAUUCCUUGAAUGUCUUAAUGGUGGACUUUGGACAUCUUCACGUCAGUAAUUCAUUCAGUCCUUUCAAGACAGACGCCAAAAUUCCUGCUGUUCUGGACGCAAUGAAGAUUGAUCUGAAGUCACUGAAAGUUGCUCGAGCGGAGUUGAGCACAGAGAAGGAAGUGGUGGGACAGUGCCUAGUUUUAGAACCGGUAUCGCUUAACCUGUCUGUUACCAGGAACCUGGCGUUUGGAUGGUACAAGGAAAUCCCUGCCGUGGAUAUCGGUGGUCAGCUGGAGAGCAUAGAGGCGACCAUGAGUCAAGGUGACUACAAAGUCAUUAUGACCUUGCUCAGUGACAACUUGUCUGAAGGUCAGAAGUCUGACACAGUUGCUGGAUCAUCAAAGGUCAAGGACACAGAAAUGACCCCGGCCCAAGGUCAAACCGUUGAUACAGAGAAAACCACCACAGCUGGUGCCCCUGCUAUAACUUUGACCCCUCCGGAGCAGUCGGAUACAUAUAAGCUCCACACUCAGCUCAAGUUCCAGUUCCAGAUCAACUCUCUGUCAGCCACACUGUACUCAGGGGAAAGUACACUGACAACAGAUGGUCAGAAUUCUCGAUCAGCUGAUCAGGCCCUCGGUCAGUUCAUGAUUGAGGUCGUCGGGGUCAAAGGUGAGAUGAAGAGUGAUGGCUCCUUGACAACCAGUGUCAUUCUGAAGGACACAGUGGUAGAUGACAAGAGGAAGCAGAAACAGGAAGCGGGCAUAAAGAGCUCUCACCCACCCAUCAGGAUGAUAGAGAGAGUGACCUCAGGAGGGAAGAAGAAUGAUAUGAUAGAUGUACAGUUCACUCAGGAUCCCUCCCAGAAUAAAGAUGUGAAUGUGAAGGUUUGCAGUAUUCGGGUGGUGGUCUGUCUGGAUUUCUUGAUGCCCCUCGCUGACUUCUUCACCAGUGGACUCCCAGACUCCAAACCUGCCCCGCCCACUACAGGAAACGCCCACUCCAAAGUGGCCACACCAUCCAAACCUCCGCCCCCUCCUCCCCCUACAAGUGAGAUGUCAGUAACUGUCAGCAUGGAGACACCAGAGAUCAUCCUGAUAGAGGACCAGAUGGACCCCGCCUCCAACUCACUCCUACUCAGUAUGGGGGUGGAGUUCAGAAUGAGGGUGACGCCGGAAACCCAGGAUAUGUCCGCCAGUGUCAACAGUCUACAGAUUGCCUCGGCCAUAUUUAAUGAGAGAGAGAAACGCAGGGCUCAGAUCCUGAAUCCCUGUGAUAUAUCCUUCUACAGCAAGACGCCGCAAGGGAAAUCCCCCCACAUGGACAUCUCCACAUCUGAUCUCAUACUCAAUAUUUCACCCCGAACAAUAAGAACGAUCACUCUCAUUACAGCAAAUCUAUCCAAACAGGAAGAAUCAGAAAAUGACAAGGAAAAGCAGAAAGUUCCGGCAGAUUUGUGGAAUACAAAAAAACUCUCGGAGCGGAAAUUCUGGUUCCUGAAGGAUCCGUCAGCGGAGGAAUUACCAGACAUUGAUAUGUUCUCUCCCGAUAUCACAUUAGACGAGAUUGAGCGCGGAGAGCAAGGCCCCUCUGAAAUGCUGAUAAUAAAGGUCCCCAACAUCGUGGUGAAGCUGGAGGGAGGGGUGGGGAAGCGUACUGUACCCCUGCUCAUUGCUGAGACCUCGUUUGACGCCCAGGUCAGGGACUGGAGUUCUAAGCUUGAAGUGGAGAGUAACAUGCGGCUGGAGGUGGCGUUCUACAAUGAGAAGUUGUCAGUCUGGGAGUCCCUUGUGGAACCAGUCGUAGAGAACGGGAAAAUGAAGAAGUGGGAUCUGGGACUACAGGUAACGAAGAAUGAUGAACUAGCCCCGGAGGAUGAUGAAGAGGAUGAAGACUCCAAGAACAUUGUGUUACCCCCGCCCAAAAUGUCAAUCAACGUCCGCUCCAACGAUCCAAUGGAAGUGACUGUUACAAAGACUUGUCUGGAGGUCCUCAACAACUUGGCUAAGGCAUUUGGAGAUGCCUACAGACUUGUUGCGCCAGCAGAAGAGGCAGGGAAGAUCCUGUCACCUUACGUCAUCUACAACAACACAGGACUACCUGUUGUUCUCAAACUGGACAAUGCUUUUGAGAUGCCUCCUGAAGUGAAAAAUGGCAAGGUGACCCUGGAAACAGAUCAAUCACUUCCUCUUUAUGGACGGCAAAAGGCUGUACUGAAACGACAGGCAUCGGUCAUCAAAGCCACGCAGGAGGGCGACGAGAAAAAGUUCAUCUUUCAGAUUGAGCAAUUUGGAGCUACGCGAGAGGUGACAAUAAAACGUUCUGAGAGACGACUGUACCCAGUCAACCAUAAGACGUAUCCAGGCGAUACGUGGGCCGUAGUCUGUAGUAUUGAGGCUCCCAUUGGUCAGAAGAUUCUUCAUCUUCGCUCCAUUGUACAGAUGAAGAACCACCUCCCUAAUGCUGUGGAGCUGUUUUCCCGGCACGGACAGGAUGUGAAGUCGUGCGGGGUCAUUGAGCCCGGAGAGAAGUUUCACGUCCCCCUGUCUGACGUCUACACCCCGGAAGGUUACUUCCUCCUGAAACCUAAGGACAGUGGGUGUGAAAUGUCGCAGACCCCAUUCUCUUGGAGAGGUGCAGAGAACUCUCCCAAAGUGUACCUCUCCUGUAAAUUCAAGGAUGGCUCCGAUUAUGUCAUCUGUGUGAGGUCUGAGGUGAUUAACGUCUACUUUGAUGAGACGGAGAAACUGUCGGCCAAGACUUACCUGUUCCAUCUGUCUCCCACCAUCGUGUUCCACAACCUGCUGAAUAUUCCCGUUACCUUCCUCCUAGAGGGAAUGGCAUCGGAGGUGUCCCUAGGUAAAGGAGAGAACAAACCACUGCUUCACGCCAUGCCAGGGCAUUCCCACAUAGAAGUCAAGAUCCCAGCGUAUCAAGAUCUGGAGUGGCAUGGAACACAGCUUCUCUCCACGGAGUUUCCGGAACUAUCCAUGUGGACCUUCAGUGCCUUAUUCAAAGGACCCCAGAAAAUUUCCUUGAUUUUAGGACUGCACUGUAAGGAAAAUGAGGGAUGUCUAGACAUGUCUAUUUAUAGUCCGUACUGGAUGGUCAACAAAACUGGAAUGACUCUAUAUUACAAGGGCAGUGAUUCUGAUGAUGUUAUAGAACACUCCCCCGAUCAUCAGGAGGUGGCCUUUUUCUCCUUUAAACCAAAGACCUGCCUUGGUGGAAAGAAAAAGGAGACAAAACCGCAGAAAGAAAAUUCCAAAGAGAAAGUGAAGGAAUGGCGGCAAGUUGGUAAAGCGUCGCUAAGGAUAGCGGAUGCUGAUUGGUCAGACAAGUUCUCCUUGGAUACAGUGGGAAGUUCUGGAACCAUCCAAAGCAAAACCAAAUCCAGGGUGUAUGAGGCAGGGGUAAAAAUUCGCCUUUCAAGCUCUGGGCUGACCAAGAUCUGUACGUUUACACCUCUAUACAUGCUGCUGAAUACAUCAGAGGUCAAACUGCUGUGUGCUGAAACCACGAAACAAGAUGAAUGGACUCAAAUUCCGCCCAAAUCAUGUCUGCCCUUUUGGCCAUUGCAUUCUGGGAAGGAGAUGACAAUGGUGGCCAAAGUUGACGGGUCUGCGUAUAGUACAACACCGUUCUACUUUAACAAACCACACACUACUCUGAUGAGAGUGGAUGAUGAGGUUGGAGGAAUAAAUGUGGACUGUCAGGUGACAGAGGCUGCCACGGUAACAUCCUUGACAACAUAUAAACCAGGCAUGGCUACUGUCCUUAUGAUCAACAGUACAGACCGGGCAGUCGUCAAGUACAACCAGUGUGGUGAGAAGUCGGCACACGUUGUGAAUCCCAUGGAGUGUGUACUGUACACCUGGGAGAAUGCCAUAGGAAAGAGGGAGCUAGAAUGGAGCUCUGGAGAAGUGAAAUCUCAGAAAACCAGCCUUAUCCAGGACGGUACAGACAGUUUUUUCCUGGAUUCGGACACCAAGAUUUUCUGGGUCUCCUUCCUGGACGGACUACAGAGAGUGCUGUUGUUUACUGAGGACCUCGCCGUGGCCAUUAAUGCUCAGGAGGCAGGAGAGUUGGAGAGAAUUGAGCAGGAGAUCAACCUCUCUCUCCACAGUAUGGGUGUAUCCCUGGUCAAUGACACAACACAGACUGAAGUUGCUUACCUCGGCAUCACAAGUUCUGGAGUAAUUUGGGAAGAGAAGAAAAAGAGGUAUAAAGCACUGAAUGGAAAGACAACAGGAUUACUGGAGGCAGCCUAUCAGAAGUAUGUCAUGGAGAUAGAAUUAGGUCACCGUCCACCAGAGAAAAUUGCCCUGGACAAUAAAAUGGAGGUGAAUUUCCAGGAGAUGAGGAUGAUAAAGCCAAACAACAGGGGGAUUCGAAGAUCUUUCCAGGAUGGGGUGUGGAUCCAGUAUAAAACAUCACCCCAUCAACUUCAGGUCCAUGCCAAGAUCAAUCGCCUACAGCUGGACAACCAGACCUACAUCUAUGUGUUCCCCACGGUCUUGGCUCCCAUCCCUCCCCCCAAAUCAGUCGCCUCAGACAGUGUUCCAAAGCCUUUCGCUGAGGUCAGCAUAUUGUCACGGAAACAUGAACACAGCAACAUGCAACAGUUUAAAUAUUUCAAGGUGUUGGUCCAAGAAAUGUCGUUAAAGGUGGACCAGGGCUUCCUGAACAACAUAAUAGACUUCUUCACCUCCAGUCAACAGGUGUCACGUGAUCAGGAGAAGGAGAUGCUGGAGGCAGACCUGAAGACAGUGUAUACGGAGUUACUUGACGAGGCCGGGCUUUCACUUGCCGAGGAACAGAAGAACUUCUUUGACUACCUCCACUUCUCACCUAUCAAGAUCCACCUGAGUUUCUCCCUGCAAGGAGGGGGAGGAGGAGAUGGGAAGGCGGUCCAUCUCCAUGCCAACAUUAUCAAUGUCUUCCUGCAGAGUGUCGGGGUGGUGCUGACUGAUGUACAAGACGUGGUGUUCAAGCUUGGAUAUUUUGAGAGAAAGAACACUUUCUACAACCAGUCGCAGCUGACUUCAGAAAUGGGUCGUCAUUAUGCUGGCCAAGCGGUCAAACAGCUCUAUGUCCUGGUACUUGGGCUUGACGUACUUGGGAAUCCGUUUGGACUUUUGCGUGGAAUGGCUGAGGGAAUGGAAGAUCUAUUCUAUGAGCCGUAUCAGGGAGCUAUUCAGGGACCUGAAGAGUUUGCUGAGGGUCUGGCCCUUGGGGUCAGAAGUCUCCUAGGUCAUGCUGUAGGUGGCGCUGCAGGAGCAGUUUCUCGAAUCACCGGUACGAUUGGCAAGGGACUGGCAGCACUGACAUUUGACGAUGAGUAUCAGAAGAAGAGGAGAGAGGGACUGAACAAGAAACCAGCCAACAUCGGAGAGGGGUUUGCCAGGGGAGGGAAAGGCCUUGUCAUGGGAGUUUUUGACGGAGUUACAGGAAUUGUCCGAAAACCAAUAGAGGGCGCUCAGAAGGAAGGUGUGGAAGGUUUCUUCAAAGGGAUCGGUAAGGGCUUGGUUGGCGUGGUAACCAGACCGACCAGCGGCGUGAUAGAUUUUGCCAGCAGCUCCUUCGAAGGAAUCAAGAGAAUUGCAGAACUGUCAGAUGAUGUAGGAAGACUACGUCCCCCUAGACGAUUUCACUCAGACAAAAUAAUUCGUCCGUACAGUCUCGUCGAGGCCUCAGGAUACGCCAUUUUACAGGAAACAGAGAAGGGGAAGUUUGCUGGAACAGAUGAAUACAUGGCUCAUUCUGUGAUCAUUGGAGACAGCAAGUCCACCAAGAGUGUUCUACUAGUUACCGACAGACGAGUUAUCUAUGCCAACAAAGGUGACAUCUUUGGACACUGGGAUGCAGAGUGGUCACACACAUGGAGUGAUUUAAAAGAAAAACCAAAGAGAUCUGCCAAAGGAGUGGAGUUCCUGUUAAAGGAUGACAAAAAGAAAAAGUUCCCUUUUUCCCUGGGAGGAUCUGCCAAAAAGAUCGAAGUUCAUAUCCCUGAUCCCAAGAGAGCAGAGUGGCUGGUCGGGAAAAUAUCAGAAGCAAUGGAAAUAAGACACUGAAAAUCGUUACACAAACUCCAUUCAUCUUUGUGUAUUACAAGGAGUUGUUGAAUCAUGAUAGGAUAAAACAUUUCUACAUUUCUACAUUGUGUUGUUGCACAUUCAUUGACUGUUGAGAAUUAAAGCCACACAUGCAUUUACAUGAAAUAUAAUUGUAAAAUAUUAUAUAUACUGAGUGCUAAUUUUUAUGUUACUGAGCAAUCUUUGUGUUUUAGCACUGUUGAGAGGAUGUCAAGAUAUAAAGUGAUUUGCUAUGAAAUAUACUUUAUUUAUUUCCCUGUUUUUUGCAUACCAUAAAGCCAUUUACAGUUUUAAGAACAGCUUUGAAUUUAAAAUAUGAAUGAUGUAUAUGGAAUUCAUCAUAAUCAUUUUCCUUUAAUUCAAAUCGGUAAGGUUAAUUGUAGGAUGUUCAAACAUAAUGACAAAUGUUUGUCAUUAAAAUUGUGUUGCUCUAGACUAUUGAUAAUACAAUACUAAAUUAAUAUUACAGUAGUUUGGUUGUAGUAAUGCUAUAUAAGUUAGAUAUCAGUUCUAACAUAUGAAUACUGUAAGAAAAUAUUCAUUUGUCAGUAAGUUUUUAGUGCUAUUCAAUGACAAUUCACCUAUACUCUGUUACAUAUGACACAAGUGCCAUCUGGUCAAUAUUAUGACAAUGCUAUGUCAUGACCUAACUUAUUCAGAUGUCUCAAAAUUGUUUAAAUUAUAACUUAAUUAGAGAUAUCAAUACAAUAUUUAGAUUAGGUGGUACUACCGGUAUGUAGACAAUAUGGAAGUGAUAUAUCAGAGCUAUAUUUGUCAAUAGGAAAGCAAUAUCAUGAAAAUAUUAUAAUAUCUAAACUAUUUCAAUUCAAUUGACGUAUUUUAUCUAACUAAGCUCAUUCAUGUCAAUAUUAUCUUGUUUAUAUGUUAAUAUACAUUCAUUCAAUAUUAUCUUGCUAUGUUGUUUUCAAAUGUAAACAGUACAUCAUUCAGUACAUGUAUGUCAGUAAUAGAUUUAUACUAUAUGCACGCAGCUUAAAAAAUGUCUAAGAAAGUACAUGUACUGAAGUUUAUUUUAGACAAUGUUUAUCUUUUGUUUCUAUUUUAUCCUACACAACUAUAGAUAUUGAUUGAUGUGUAUGUUUAAAAAAAAAGUAGUUUAAAAUAUAAUUCUAUUUAAUAUAUACAUUGUAUGUAUUGCGUUAUAUUGUAGGAAUGUUAAAUUAUCACUUAUUUAUAGAUAUACCGUUAGUUGUUCAUUAAAUGCCAAUUUUUACUUUAUUUCAAAAAACAAAUACUAGGAAUUGAUUUAUGAGCUUAAUAUGUCUUUAUGACAGUUUCCCUUGGCUUUUUUCCAUGAACUAACAUUCCCCGUUUCAGUUUUAUUUUGCAUUUGAAUGAGUUAAGAUAAACACUGAUAGUAAGCAUUUUAUUUAACAUGUUCAUGUCCAUGUGUUGUAUGAUUUUACAACAGUUAUUUUUGUGUUAUAUUUACAGGCAAGUGUUAUAGCAAUAUAUUUACAGGGUUAAGGAGGAUGCUUUGUAGAUCAAGAACGGUUACUCUAGCAUGGAGUUUGAUCAUUAUAUCAUCAUAAAGUAAUAUGCACUAAUUUUUCACAAGAUCGUUUAUAACUUCUUAUAUUUUAUCAUUAACUAUUUACUGGUUAUUUAUGCAUUUAGGUAUGUAAUGUCCAGCUUAAAGACGUACAAGACAUUAUUUCACCCCAAACCGAUUGUGACUGAAAAAAAAUAUUUGUCUUCUUAGUAAAUACAUGUGACUGUGCAUUUAGACACGUAGUGUGGGUUAUAUCGUAAAGAUUAACGCAGUUUGGGUUACUGUUAGAUUGUCAGUUGGGUACUAAUACAUUAGCGAUAUGUUUAUAUAUGUGUUUGUUGUUUAAUAUGAAAUUAAUUGUUAUCUGUUCUCCAUUUUAUACUCUUGCCGAAACAUUCAUGCGUUUAUUUUUAGUGUUUGUUGCUUAAAAAUGUAUGUUUCAAUUUGUUUUGUAUUUGCAUUUUUCUUUAAGAAAACACUUUUAUUUAGUUUUAACUUCAUUGUUUCUUUUGUAUUUAAUAUUUAGAGUUUAAUAUAAUUAACAAAAUUCACAA